AAAAAUGUAGGUGAAAAUAUGAUAUUGGAAAUAACUUUAUUUUUCAUAAAUAGAAAUCCACAUGUCCAUUUAUAGUGGUGUAUUAGAAAAUAAUACUAUUAAACACAGUGAACAGGGACGUCGACUGCGAAAGCUUUUCUCCGGAUUGUUAAUGUAAAUACCUAUUCCUCAACGUGGAAAAUGUGGCAGCAGCUCCGUGCUGGCUGGUUACAGAUUCUCAACAUUCAGAAGUCCCGGAGGAUCGUGUCUUACACUGGAUUUUACUGUUUCGCAACACUGAUCAACUUUGCUUACACCAACAAUACGUUCUGGUUCUAUACUUGUUUUUCCAUGUCUUCACUCCACCAAGAAAAGAUGCAAAUUAGGCUGUUUAUCAAACUUCUUGUGUUAUGGCGUCUAAUUAGGACAAGAGCUGGACACUCGAGGGCUGAUCAGUUCUAUGCAUCUUAUCCUGCUGGCACUGAGCUUCUUACCGAUACUGGGAAGUUGUAUAAAGCUGCACUCGGCAAUUGCUUUGAGAUAGAGGAGUGGGGGCCUAUUGAAUGGAGCAUUUUGGCUAAACAUUUUGAACGACAAGGGAAAUCACCGUAUGCGUACCACUCACAAUAUAUGGCGCAUCUGGCCUCUCUCGGGCAACUGGAUGGGAGCUGCUAGCUGAAGGAUGGCGAUAUCUCCAGUGUGAUGGUAUAGGUGGACCAUAUAUACGAAGUUGUUUGAUCCGUAUAGGUGGAAAUGGACGAUGAUGUCGUAACGGUGUUUCAUCUUGUAUUUCGUACAUGAACUGAGUUGGUAUCUGUAGUUCCCCUUCUCUUAAUGGUAGAUUGAUCAAUUUCUUGAGUUAUAUUCAAUUUGUGGUGACUUACAUUUGCAA